AGCAGCGCAGUUCUCCUGGUUCCCAGAGCAGUCUCCCAGAGAUCCGAGACUGACUCAGUGUCUCUGCAGCUCUGCGUCCAGACACAGCAGCCUCUGCACUCUGAUACUUUCCCAUAAUUCUGCUGGAGCUUCAAAACUUUCAGCAACCCUGACUGGACUACUGAGGGGCCGAGAGAACGCAGGGGUUGUGAACAGAGAGCAUCUGGAACUUGGGGACGAAGAGAGACAGAGACAGAGACAUAGGACCAGAAAGCGUCUCAUGAACAAUUAAAUUGUUCUUGUUUUUUUUUUUGUUUUUUUUUUUUUGAGCAUUUCUCUUAUAACUCGCAAAAUAUCUCUCUCUAAUUCUGAUAUUGACAUUUAGCAAAAAUCAGUAUCAAAAUUGAUCUGCAAUAAUUUUUUUUUUCUUUUUCUUGAAGAGCUGCUUUAAACUUGACAUUAAAAACCUGCACCAUGUCGCCCGCUCUCGGCAUCUUCCUUUUUCAUUUGUUGCUGCUUGGAAUCGAAGCUCGGAGCGUUAGGAAACUCGGACAGGUAAAAAUGCUAGACACUGACCACGUCCCAGAUCAGAAGCUCCUCCCUCUUUCAGAGUUACUGGAUUUGGACGAGGAGCAGCGCCACCGUCUGGUCCGGGGUACCGAGGAGGAGGAGCAGCAGUCCACCUUUGGACAGUCUUUCGAGAACGAUUCAAUGACACCUCCACAUGCUACCGAGUUUAGCCACCCGUACAGUGUCGCAGCAGGGGGCCCCGUGGAUGAGGGCAGUCUUCAAGGAAACGUCUCGUUGUCUAAUGACGCAGUUCCCGAGUUCCUUAACCCGUUUUACCCACUGGCCGAGAGCUCGUAUGCAGCGUUUGCCAUCCUCUUCCUCGCCGGUGUGGUGGUGGUCGUGGGCGUGGUGGGAAACAUGGUGGUGAUGUGUGUUGUUUGGAACAAUUACUACAUGAGGUCCUCCUGGAACUACUUGCUGGCCAGUAUGGCCUUCUGGGAUUUCCUAGUUCUGGUGCUCUGCCUCCCAGUGGUCGUCCUCAACCACCUGUCCCACAAAAGGAUCCUCGGUGAAAUCACCUGCCGCAUGGUGCCUUACAUGGAGGUGGUAUCUCUGGGCAUCACCUCCUUCACCCUCUGCGCUCUGGGCAUCGACCGGUUCCACGCUGCCACCUCGUCGUCGCAGCUAAAGGCGCGGCGCGUGGAACACUGUCGCACGGUUCUGCUGAAGCUGCUUCUCGUCUGGAUGUUCAGCCUGCUGUUCUCCAGCCCCGAGAUCUUCCUGUGGCAGCUCAGCCAGGAAGUGUUGCCCUCCAAAGGUCAACUGGUGGACGCCUGUGCCAUCACGAACUCCUCCCCUCUGUCCCUCUACCUGCCGGACUCCCUUCACUCUCUUCUUCUUCGGUAUCACCAGGGUCGUAUGUGGUGGUGUUUCGGCUGCUACUUCUGCGUCCCUGUUCUCUUCACCAUUCUCUGUCAAACGGCCACACGCAACGUGAACAGCGACUACAACUCGACCAAAAAGCAGCGCGACCACGAGGAGCGCUCCUCCGAGCAGAAGCACCAGCAGCACCAGGCUCUGGAGCGCCAGCUGAACUGCACGCUGUUCGCCUUAGCGGCGGUGUACGGGAUCUGCGCUCUGCCUGAGCAUGUCUGCAACAUCACCUUUGCCUACAUGAACAUAAGUGUCUCUGAGGACACCGCCGCCAUGCUGGCUCUGUUGUAUCACUUCCUGCUGUACAUCAAGUCGGCGAUCACACCUGUGCUGCUGCUCUGCCUCUGUAAGGCUCUGGGUCAGGCCUUCGUGGACUGCUGCUGCUGCUGCUGUCAGGAGUGUAAGGUUGACGCCUCUCAGGACUCACCAGGUUCUGCCCAGCUCAAACUGAAGGCAGCCAAUGAGACAUCCAUCCUAUUCGACAAGGCUAAAGACACGUCGGCCAUCUUGUCCAUCUCCAGCUAGAGCUACUGGUCGGCUGCGUAAACCAAUCACCCCUUCUUGCCAACAUUUAGAAUUUAAUAACUGCUUCCACUCCGACUUAUGUUUAUCUCUUCAAUGAAUUUUUUAUUUUUUUUCAAAUUCAUCUCCAUAAUUUUUUCUUCUUUUUUUU